AUGUCUGCAGACUCUGACUUUUGGGUCGUGGCAGCGCCCUCGCCCAACUUUGAUAACGUGCCCACCAUUCAAGUCGCUACUCAUGAAGUCCCUCUUCCAGCAUACUGGCGCAUUCUAGGUCUUUUGGAGGACGGCAAGCAGGAAGAAGAGAUCAUCCAAGUCCUCAUGCACCAUACGGGCACAAAAACGCGCAAGAUUGUCACAGAAAUUGUCGACAGCGUCGUGGAAAACCAACGCCUGAUCACGAGGCCACCCAAGGCCUCCGGGAGACUAAGCGUCGUGUUCAAGAAGCCCCGGAAAAUAAGUGACUACCGAGCGACUCGAAUUGAGGCCAGACGAGAGCUUGAGGCUGCUGAACAGAGGUUAGAGACUGCAAAGCAGAAGGAAAAGAGGGUCCUCAAUGAGGCCCUCAUUCUUUCUCAUCGCAAGGAAGAAUUGAAGGACAUAAAGAUGAGCCGAGAUGAACGCCGCAGGACCACAAAUGCGAUCGAACACCAGAUGAAGAAUGUGCUCCAGAAACACCACGACGUGGAAGCCGAAAUUGACUUUGCUAAACGGCUCACUCUCAUUCACAAGGCUUCCCUGGCUUGA